CCCUAUUUUAAGGAGGUGUCCCUAUUUUAAGGACGGAUCUCUGAUCGAUCCCAGCCCCAGCGAGCGAUCCCCGAGUGUCCCAGCCGGGUGUCCCCAAUCCCCAUCCCUGUCCCCCACUGUCCCCCCCCCGUGUCCCCCGGUGCCACCCGCGGUGCCAUGGCGUGGCGGCGGCAGUGGUGCCACCUGUGCGAGCUGCCCAAGCCGCCCUGGGCCGUGGUGGGCGACUUCAGCCAGGCCGUGUGCCGCGGCUGCGCCAACUUCGAGGGCGCCGGCCGCGUGGAGCUGCUGCUGGCGGCUGCUCGCCACCUCCGGGGCCACCACGUGUCACCGAGUGUCCCCAAGGAGCUGGGGGAAGCUCUGUACACUGAGCGUCGCCUCUGGGGCCACCAAGUGUCACCGAAUGUCCCCAAGGAGCUAAGGGAAGCUCUGUACACUCAGCAUGACCUGCAGGGCCACCAUGAGGCCACCAGGCUGGCCUUGUCACCGAGUGUCCCCAAGGAGCUGGGGGAAGCUCUGUACACUGAGCAUCACCUGCGGGGCCACCAUGUGUCACCCAGUGUCCCCAAGGAACUGAGAGAGGCUUUGGACACUGAGCGUCACCUGUGGGGCCACCACGAGGCCACCAGGCUGGCGCUGUCCCCAAGUGUCCCCACGGAGCUGAGCUUGUGUGGCCGCGUCCCCUCCAAGCGCCGCCACCACCGCAAUGUCACCGCGGCACUGCCACCGUCACGGGCUGUGUCCCCAGGUGUCCCCAUGGAGCUGAGCCGCCACCACGCCACCCGGGCCGUGUCCCCAAGUGUCCCCACGGAGCUGAGCGACGCUUUGUGCGGCCGCGUCACCUCGGAUGUCACCGAGCGCCGCCCGCGCCGCCACCACCGCGAUGUCACCCUGCCGCUGGAUGUGUCCCCAAGUGCCCCCACAGAGCUGAGUGACGCCUUGUGCAUCCGCAUCACCUCGGAGGGGACUGAUCGCCGCCACCACGCCACCACCCGGGCCGUGUCCCCAGCCGUCCCCGCGGCCCUGCAGCGCCACCGGGCCGUGUCCCCGGCGAUGUCACCGUCUGUCCCCGCGGCGCUGAGCGCGGCGCUGGCCGAGGCGUGGCCGGGCAAGCCGCGGGCGGUGCGGGAGCGCCUGUCGGUGCUGGCGGGCUGCGCCCCGUUCGCCGUGCGCCUCCGCAGGGACCACGCGCUCGUGGGGAGGGUCCUCGCCUUCGACGCCGCCCCCCGAGCCGGCCCCGGCGGCAGCGGCGGCGACUUCGAGCUGCGGUUGUUCGCCGAGUACCCGUGCGGCUCCGGCAGCGUGUACGGAGCGCUGGGCUUGGCCCGCAGGAUGUUCCAGGACUGCCCCAGGGCUCCGGGCAGAUCCAUCUCCUCGGGCUACAAAUACCUGGAGUACGAGAAGCGCCAGGGCAGCGGCGAGUGGAGGCUGCUGGCGGAACUCUUCACCGAAUCCGUGCGGCUUUUCCGCCGCCCGCCCUCCCCCGAGGCGCUGCCGCAGCAGCAGCGCUGCCACCUCUCCUCGUUGUCGCCGUUGUCGCCACCUCCGGCGCGGCGACGCCGCAAAGCGUGCCCCGAGUCGCGGGUGGUGGCGGGCGAGGCGCUGAGCUGCGGGCGCUGCCGGAGGCUGCUGGAGGACACGCACUUCGUGCAGUGCCCGGCCGUGCCCCGGCACCGCUUCUGCUUCCCGUGCGCCCGCCGCGCCAUCCGAGCCCGCGGGCCCGGCGGGGCCGUGCACUGCCCGAGCGGGGGGCGCUGCCCGCUGGCCGCCUCCGGCCUGCCCUGGGCCUUCAUGCAGGGCGAGAUCGCCGCCAUCCUGGCCGGGGACGUCCGGGUCAAGAGGGAGAGGGACCCCUGA